AUGAGGAGCCUGCCUGCCUGCCUGCCUGCCCCACCGUUGGCGGCUCUUCAGUGCCAACCGUUGGCACAACGGUGGGGCACCAGCUGCGCCGGAGAGAUCAUGAGGAGGAGGCGGCUGCCUGCUCCACCGUUGGCACCACUGGCAUUUCCGGCCGCACCAUCGGCAGAACCACACCCGGCAGCGCCUCAGGAGCUGCCGUUGCCACGGCUGUCUGCUUUUGAUUCGACUCAAAAGGAGGGGGAUGCCUGCUCCACCGUUGGCACCACUAGCACACCCGGCCGCGCCACCGGCAGAACCACACCCGGCAGCGCCUCAAGAGCUGCCAAUGCCACGGCUCUGCACUUGAGUCGACUCAAAAGGAGGGGGCUGCCUGCCCCACCGUUGGCACCACUGGCACUUGCGGCCGCGCCAUCCGCAGAACCAAACCCGGCAGCGCUUCAAGAGUUGCCGUUGCCGCGGCGGUCGCUGCCACCACAGCCGGGCCAGGAGGAUGGGCCCUCUGCCCCCUCCAUCCUCCAGGCGCACGCCGGGAACCUGAGAUCACAGCAGUCUGCCCAGUCACAGCAGUCUGCCCAGUCACAGCAGUCUGCCCAGUCACAGCAGUCUGCCCAGUCACAGCAGUCUGCCCAGUCACAGCAGUCUGCCCAGUCACAGCAGUCUGCCCAGUCACAGCAGUCUGCCCAGUCACAGCAGUCUGCCCAGUCACAGCAGUCUGCCCAGUCACAGCAGUCUGCCCAGUCACAGCAGCCUGACCAGUCACAGCAGUCUGCCCAGUCACAGGCAGUCACAGCAGUCUGCCCAGUCACAGCAGUCUGCCCAGUCACAGCAGUCUGCCCAGUCACAGCAGUCUGCACAGUCACAGCAGUCUGCACAGUCACAGCAGUCUUCCCAGUCACAGCAGUCUGCCAAGUCACAGCAGUCUGCCCAGUCACAGCAGUCUGCCCAGUCACAGCAGUCUGCCCAGUCACAGCAGUCUGCACAGUCACAGCAGUCUUCCCAGUCACAGCAGUCUGCCCAGUCACAGCAGUCUGCCCAGUCACAGCAGUCUGCCCAGUCACAGCAGUCUGCACAGUCACAGCAGUCUGCCCAGUCACAGCAGUCUGCCCAGUCACAGCAGUCUGCACAGUCACAGCAGUCUUCCCAGUCACAGCAGUCUGCCCAGUCACAGCAGUCUGCCCAGUCACAGCAGUCUGCCCAGUCACAGCAGUCUGCCCAGUCACAGCAGUCUGCCCAGUCACAUCAGUCUGCACAGUCAAAGCAGUCCAGCAGUCUCCACAGUCACAGCAGUCUGCACAGUCACAGCAGUCUGCACAGUCACAGCAGUCUGCCCAGUCACAGCAGUCUGCCCAGUCACGGCAGUCUGCCCAGUCACGGCAGUCUGCCCAGGCCACCUCCUCGUGUGACUCACCUACGCCACGCCCGCCCGACUAUUCCUCGACCAUGCAUUCAGAGCUGCAACGCUACUGA